AUGGACACUGUGUCGUUCUACAUAGCCUUCAUUGCUGGUAUUUUAACAAUUUUACCAAUUGCCGGCGCACCGUUUGGGACUCGACCAAACAUCGUUUUCAUUUUAGCUGACGACCUCGGCUGGCACGAUGUUGGAUACCACGAUUCUAUCAUCCGAACGCCGAACAUCGACAAGCUUGCGGCGGAAGGAGUUAAGCUGGAGAACUACUAUGUUACGCCAUUGUGCACACCAACAAGAGCAGUGCUGAUGACGGGCCGUUAUCAGAUUCAUACUGGUAUGCAGCACGGAGUACUGAUGGCUCAGGAACCACGGUGUUUGCCGACAGAUGAAGUUCUGAUGCCACAGAAGCUGAAGGAAAGCGGAUACACCACGCACAUGGUAGGAAAGUGGCAUUUGGGAUUCUAUAAAUGGGCGUGUACACCCAAUCAUCGAGGUUUUGACACUUUUUUCGGUAUGUAUCUGGCCGGUGGAGACUACUUCAAUCACACCAGACUCUGUCAUGGUCGGCGCCUAGCAGCCUGGGAUCUCCGUGACGGUGACCAAGUUGUAGCACCAGAAUAUGUGGGAAAAUAUUCUACCAUUGUGUUUGCAGAGAAAGCUCAGGAAAUUAUAAAGAAACAUGAUCCAACAAAUCCGCUGUUUCUUUAUCUCUCGUUCCAAGCUGUUCACGCGCCGCUUCAGGUUCCCGAGAGGUACAUCAAUAUGUAUAAAGACGAUAUCCGUGAUGAAUCGCGUAGGAUAUAUGCUGGCAUGACCACGUGCAUGGAUGAAGCCAUUGGAAAUGUCACGAGAACCCUGGCACGAAGAGGUCUUUUGGAUAACACAAUCAUAGUAUUUUCGUCAGAUAAUGGUGGCGCCAAGUUGUACGGCGCUAGUAACUACCCGCUGAGAGGACAGAAAGGCACUCUUUAUGAAGGCGGGGUGAGAGCGCCCGCAUUCGUCUAUAGUCCUUUGCUGAGCAAUCGCGUUCGAGGAACCGCAACCCAUGAACUGAUGUACGUCGGUGAUUGGUUCCCCACAUUUCUACACCUAGCUGGAGGAAAUUUGCAUGGUGUAAAACCAUUGGAUGGAGUUAACCAAUGGCAUACUGUGAGUGCCGCUAUGCCAUCAAAAAGAACGGAAAUCGUGCACAAUAUCGAACCAUUGCGCGGUAAACCACCGAGAGUGAAAGAUGAGCCGUGGUUGACUAAUCCAUAUUUUGACAUCCGGGUCAUGGCGUCGAUUAGAGUCGGUGAAUGGAAAUUAAUCACAGGACGCAAAGGUGACCCGACUUGGACAAUCCCUCCCGAGCUGGGAGGCGGAUCAGUUGACCCAGGCAGACCUACAAUUGUGGAGUUGUAUCAUAUUAAAGAAGACCCCUUAGAACGGACAGAUCUAUCCAGGGAUAGACCGGACAUUGUCAACAAAUUGUUAGAGAGGUUGCGUUAUCACAGCGAUACAUCGAGACUUCCGGAAACACCCACACCUGUGUUCGAUACAUCCGACCCUCUCCAUCACAACAUGGCAUGGGGACCAUGGGAGUAA